ACGACGGAGCGAUUUUUGCGCAGUAGCAGCCAACCAAAGCUUGAACACAGCAAUUCACACAGCUGAUUACUGGUAAGGGCUCAAGACUUCUGAGGUUUUUGUGAGUUCAUUUUUACAUGAAGGAGAUUGAGUCCUUGUGGAACGAAGUGAGGGAUCUGAGCUUGGGAAACUCUUGCGGAGUCGAGAGGCUCGAAUCCCCUCCGUCCCCACUUCAAUUCCUCAGAGACUUCGUCUCUCCUAACAAGCCCUGCAUCAUUUCCAACGCCAUUAACCACUGGCCUGCCCUUUCUUGUUGGACUGACCACUCCUAUCUCACGCGCGCUCUUUCUUCCUCCACCGUCUCCCUCCAUCUCACUCCCAAUGGACGCGCCGAUGCAGUCGCCCAUUUGUUCUCUUCCUCCGAAACCGAAACCAUUGAUUCAUCUCCCUCGCUCUGCUUUGCCUCCGCACACGUUGAGCGCAUGCCUUUUAAUAAAGCUCUUUCACUGAUCUCUUCUGGGGGUCGAGAUUGCUCUUCGAAGAUGAGAUUUGUUGCCUACGCGCAGCAGCAGAACGAUUGUUUUCGGGCAGAGUAUUCGGCUCUGGCUGACGAUUGCGAUCCCCACAUUCCAUGGGCUACUGAGGCGCUUGGUUGCGUUCCUGAAGCUGUGAAUCUCUGGAUUGGUAAUCAGCACUCUCAGACUUCGUUUCAUAAGGAUCACUACGAGAAUCUCUAUGCUGUGGUCACUGGGGAGAAGCAUUUUCUGCUCUUGCCCCCAACUGAUGUUCAUCGCUUGUACAUUCGAGAAUACCCCGCUUCUCAUUAUAGAUAUUCUUGGGAUUCUGGAGAGUUCACUUUAGAACUUCAGAAGCCAACAAGAUAUGUACCUUGGUGCAGUGUGAAUCCUUAUCCUUCUCCAGAGACCAAGGAUAAUGAAAUGUCCAAGUUCCCAUUGUAUUUCAAUGGCCCUGAGCCAUUACAAUGCACAGUCAAGGCUGGCGAGAUUCUCUACUUGCCCAGUAUGUGGUUCCAUCAUGUGAGGCAGAGUCCAGAUGGUAGAGGAUGCACUAUUGCUGUGAACUAUUGGUAUGAUAUGCAAUUUGACAUUAAGUACGCUUAUUUCAAUUUCUUACAAUCUCUUCAUUACCGAUCUGCUCUAAAUUCAACGUCAAGUGAGAAUUUGCUUGAGGAAUCAGAUAAUGCAUAAGACGAGACCCUUGUUCAUUUUCUUUUUGGACUUCGAAUGGCGAGAUGGUCAACAGUUUCUUUUCUCAAUUUUGAAAGGAGUAUUAUGUUUAUAAUAGGCGAGUUGAUGAAACAUUGUAUCCAAAUCCAACAAGGUCAUACAAUUUUGUAGACGUAUUUUUUUUUUUUUAAUUUUUAUGAUGAGAUGUAGAUUUUGGUUUGGACUCUUGCAUCUCCAA